GACGCCCAGACGCCAUGGCUUCUGCUGUUCCGGUGGUUGUGCCACGCAUGAAGCUGGGGUCGCAGGGGCUGGAGGUCUCGGCGCAGGGCCUUGGCUGCAUGGGCAUGUCUUGCGCCUACGGCGAGCGCAGGCCCGAGCCGGAAAUGAUCGCGCUCCUUCACCACGCGGUCGCCGCCGGCGUCACCUUCCUCGACACGUCCGACGUCUACGGGCCUCACACCAACGAGAUCCUCGUCGGCAAGGGGCUGCAAGGCGGCGUGAGGGAGAAGGUGGAGCUGGCCACCAAGUUCGGCAGCGCGUUAACCGACGGCCAGUGGGAGGUCCGCGGGGACCCGCCGUUCGUGCGAGCGGCAUGUGAGGGUAGCCUCGCCCGGCUGGGCAUCGACUGCAUCGACCUCUACUACCAGCACCGCAUUGACAAUAAUGUCCCCGUCGAGAUCACGAUGGGCGAACUCAAGAAACUAGUGGAAGAAGGAAAGGUGAAAUAUGUUGGGUUAUCUGAAGCCUCGGCGUCCACAAUCAGAAGGGCACAUGCUGUUCAUCCUAUUACUGCCAUCCAGCUGGAGUGGUCGCUGUGGUCAAGAGACGUCGAAGAAGAUAUAAUCCCCACUUGCAGAGAACUUGGCAUUGGAAUUGUGGCAUACAGUCCGCUAGGCAGAGGGUUCUUAUCCAGUGGAUCUAAACUGGUGGACACAUUACGUGAGGACGAUUUUCGCAAGAUUCUCCCAAGAUUUCAACCCGAGAACAUGGUGAAGAACGCUGCCAUAUUCGAGCAUGUAAGUGAGAUGGCUGCCAGGAAAGGAUGCACGCCGUCCCAGCUCGCGCUGUCCUGGGUUCACCACCAGGGAAAUGAUGUGUGCCCAAUACCUGGGACGACAAAAAUUGAGAAUUUCAACGACAACGUGAGAGCUUUGUCUCUCAGGAUCACGCCCGAGGAGAUGGCUGAGCUAGAGUCCUAUGCCGCCAUGGAGUCUAUUCAUGGUGAUCGGUAUGCCAGUUCCAUCUACACCUGGAAGGACUCUGAGACCCCUCCCUUGUCAUCAUGGAAAGCUACUACUUAGAUAUUUCUUGUGGGGUUCGCUA